AUCGGGUCAAAACGCCAUUCUCGUUUCUUCAUCAAGCAAAGCUUAAAACCAAAUCAAAAAAGCACGAGAAGCAUCGUUUCUCAACUCUACUGUUACGGCAUGAAAAUGACGAGACUACCCCUCUUCGUCGUCCUCCUACUCUUCACCGCAAGUUUCAUCACUCCUACGGCGGCGGAGAUCAAGUCUCUCACAAUUUCCGACGAUUCUAGGCCGAUGAUUCUCUUCGAAAAGUUCGGAUUCACUCAGUCCGGUCAUGUUAGCGUCUCUGUUUCCUCUGUAUCAGUAGUAUCUUCUUCGUCUGUUCCGAUCCCAGAUCCGUCGAGGCUAGGGUUCUUCCUUAUGUCCGAGGAAUCGCUUCUCCAGGUAGUCUUAGAGAUCGAGCAAAAGCCUAACUUCUGUGUACUCGAUUCCAAUUACGUCCUCCAUCUCUUCACAUUAAAAGAUCUCUCUUCUCCUCCUGGUUCCCAAAUACGAGCACUUGUACCCGGUGAUUUCUCCGAACGAAUACUCUCUCUUCUUCGUGAAUUGCGUUACGGAAACCAAAAUUUCGAUGAAGAUAUAGUUUGUUGUUGUGCAAUCUUAUUUCCUAUUGUUUGGUCGAUUCGUUCGCUAAGAGAGACUUCAAAAACCGAUGGGAAAGCGGCUAGGAACUUGGCGAAAUUGACUCUGUUUAGACAAUUCUACAUUGUUGUCAUCGGGUAUUUGUACUUUACGAGGAUUGUAGUGUUUGCACUGAAGACAAUCGCAGCUUAUAAGUAUCGGUGGGUGAGCAAUGCAGCUGAGGAGAUUGCAAGUCUGGCGUUUUACAUGUUGAUGUUCUAUAUGUUCAGGCCGGUCGAGAAGAAUGAGUAUUUCGUUUUAGAUGAAGAAGAAGAAGAAGCCGCAGAGCUGGCCUUGAAGGAGGAUGAUUUUGAACUCUGA